AUGUUCCUCAUCAAGCCCACCUCCGCCAGGGCCACCACCACCACCACCAACGCCCUCUCCACCACCAUUUCCAAUUCCCUUCCUCCCGUCGUCCUCCUCCUUCCCCACUCCAAAACCUCAGUUCCCCUCCCAAAACCCUCUUCUAAUUUCCCCCUUACAACCACCUUCAGGUCCUCCAAGCCCCUUUAUUCGUCCCCAAAGAUGAGUUGGCUCAGCAAAUUAGGCUUUGGGACUCGAACCCCUACUGAAUCCUCCAUGGACUCAUCUAUUGCUCAAGGUCCCGAUGACGAUACCCCUGCUCCGGGUCAGCAGUUCGCUCAAUUCGGAGCUGGGUGCUUUUGGGGCGUGGAAUUGGCCUUCCAGAGACUCCCCGGUGUUACCAAGACAGAGGUUGGGUACUCACAGGGUUAUCUGCACAAUCCAUCGUACGAGGACAUCUGUACCGGGACUACCAAUCAUUCUGAAGUUGUGAGAGUUCAUUAUGAUCCUAAAGAGUGUAGCUAUGAGAGUUUGCUUGAUUGUUUCUGGGAUCGCCAUGACCCCACCACUCUCAAUCGCCAGGGUAAUGAUGUUGGAACUCAAUACAGAUCGGGAAUUUACUUUUACACCCCAGAACAAGAGAAAGCUGCACUUGAAUCAAAAGAGCGCCAACAGAAGCUUUUGAACAGGAAGAUUGUUACUGAGAUUUUGCCUGCAAAGAAAUUCUACAGAGCUGAGGAGUAUCACCAGCAGUACCUUGAGAAAGGUGGUCGGUUUGGUUUCAGGCAAUCUGCUGCUAAAGGAUGCAACGAUCCAAUUAGAUGCUACGGUUGA